CAGGUAAAGAACUUUGUUCUCUUCCCGCUCUGUCUCUAUUUAAUCCCUUUAUCCACUCCAGUUGUAUUCAAUCAACCUUCUAGCUGUUACCCACUGACCCUAAUAAAAGGGUUUUCAAAUUGCCAUAAAAAUAAGACUCUCUUCAAUACUUCAAUCUCUAUCUCCUCUGCAUUCUCUCAAUCAAGUAUCCAUGGAGAAACAGGGUUUGCUUAGACUGAUUUUUGGAGCUUUGGCUUUGCUGAGUGUUUCAUUAGUGAAUGCUGAAAACCCAUAUAGGUUUUACACUUGGACUGUAACAUAUGGGACCAUUUCUCCUCUGGGUGUUCCUCAACAGGUAAUCCUCAUCAAUGGUCAGUUUCCUGGCCCUAAACUGGAAGUAGUGACCAAUGACAAUAUCAUCCUUAAUCUUUUCAACAAGCUAGAUGAGCCUUUGUUACUUACAUGGAAUGGGAUUAAGCAAAGGAAGAACUCAUGGCAAGAUGGAGUGCUUGGGACCAAUUGUCCAAUUCCUCCAAACUCCAAUUAUACUUAUUCCUUCCAAACCAAAGAUCAGAUCGGAUCUUUUGCAUACUUCCCUUCAACUCAAUUUCACAAAGCUGCUGGUGGAUUUGGUGCCCUGAAUGUCUACCAGAGACCAAGAAUUCCGAUUCCCUAUCCUAUUCAAGAUGGAGAUUUUACUCUACUUAUUGGUGAUUGGUACAAGACCAGUCACAAGUCCCUGCAAGAAUCUCUAGAUGCAGGAAGAUCUCUUCCCUUGCCUGAUGGUGUCCUUAUUAAUGGACAAACUCAUAGUACUUUCACUGGCGAUCAAGGUAAAACUUACAUGUUCAGGAUCUCAAAUGUGGGUUUGUCAACAUCUCUUAACUUCAGGAUUCAGGGACAUAAAAUGAAGUUAGUUGAGGUUGAAGGAUCUCAUACCCUCCAGAACUUAUACGACUCCCUUGAUGUCCAUGUCGGUCAAUCUUUAUCGGUUCUAGUUACCUUAGACCAGGUCCCAAAGGACUACUACAUCGUUGCAUCGACACGCUUCACUAAAAUUGUACACACAGCAACUGCAGUUUUGCACUACUCAAAUUCCAACUCACCUGUUUCUGGACCUGUGCCUGCUGGCCCUACCAUCGAAGUAGAUUGGUCUGUUAAGCAAGCCAGAACUUUCAGGUGGAACCUAACAGCAAAUGCAGCUAGGCCUAAUCCUCAGGGCUCUUUCCAUUAUGGGAAGAUUAUCCCGACAAAGACGAUUGUUUUGGCGACAUCUGCUGCUUUAAUUAAUGGGAAACAGCGAUAUGCCAUCAACAGGGUCUCAUAUGUUAAUUCUGAUACCCCUCUAAAGCUUGCUGAUCACUUCAACAUCCCUGGUGUUUUCUCUGUAGAUUCCCUCCAGAGCCUUCCUUCUGAUGGCCCUGCCUUCAUUGCUACCUCUGUAUUACCAACAGCUCUCCACGAUUUCGUCGAAAUUGUUUUCCAAAACAAUGAGAAUACCGUGCAGUCCUUCCACCUUGAUGGUUAUGAUUUCUGGGUGGUUGGGUAUGGCUAUGGACAAUGGAGUCAAGACAGCAGAAACUCCUACAAUUUAGUAGAUGCUCUUACCAGACACACUGCGCAGGUGUAUCCUAAUUCAUGGACAACCAUAUUGGUGUCAUUAGACAACCAAGGGAUGUGGAAUUUGAGGUCUGCAAUCUGGGAAAGACAGUAUCUUGGCCAACAAUUCUAUCUCAGAGUCUGGACUCAAACUCAGAGUCUUGCCAAUGAAUAUAACAUCCCUUCAAAUGCCUUGUUAUGCGGCAAGGCCGUGGGACGACAUUGAUGAAUCAUACAUCGGCAAUCUACUUCUUAGUCAUGAGAGUUUGACUACAUAACAUUGGAGAGAAGAGAUAAGAUAGGGGAAAUAGAGUGGACCAAACAAUGCAAAAUUUUAUAGUCAUACCUUAUUCUUUCAAUGGCUUGGAAAAUUCUACAUGUAUUGUUAUUUGAAGUGCCAUAUUCAAGUGAUGCUUCUAAAUUGUUCAUUUA